AUGGCGGACAACCUGCCUUCUGAGUUUGAUGUGGUGGUGAUAGGCACCGGUUUGCCUGAAUCUAUUAUUGCAGCAGCAUGUGCCAGAAGUGGCCAGAGAGUUCUUCAUGUGGAUUCGAGAAAUUACUAUGGUGGAAACUGGGCCAGCUUUAGUUUUUCAGGACUAUUGUCCUGGAUUAAAGAAAAUCAGGAAAAGACUGACAGAAGUGAGGAAUGUGAAGACUGGAGAAAACUUAUCGUUGAGAAUGAAGAAGCUAUUUCUCUUAGCAAGAAGGAUAAAACUAUUCAACAUGUAGAAGAUUUCUGUUUCGGCGAUCAGGAUGCAGCUGAAGACGUUGAAGAAGCUGGUGCACUGUCAAAGGUGCCUGGUUUUGGAGCCUCUGCUGCUGAGGGGGUUGCUCAGGCAUCAGAAAAAGGUGGCCCACCAGUGGAGAGUGCCUCACCAGCAGUGGAGAGCCAGGAGCCAGAAAAGGCUACAGACUCCCAGCCAGCAAGUGCAACAGAAGGGAAUGAUACAGAAGUAACCUCUGAGAACGAGAGCGCUCCUGGUGCUGCUUUAGGCAAGAAUGCUCUGGAACCAGAGAAGACCGAAGCUGCACCUGCAGAUACUUCUGCCAAAGAACCGAAGAGGAUCACAUAUUCCCAGAUUGUUAGAGAAGGCAGGAGGUUUAAUAUUGAUUUAGUUUCCAAGUUGAUGUUCUCCCGAGGUCUCUUAAUCGACCUUCUGAUCAAGUCCAACGUUAGCAGAUACGCAGAGUUCCAAAACGCCACACGAAUUCUUGCCUUUCGAGAGGGAAAAGUGGAACGGGUACCUUGUUCUAGAGCAGAUGUCUUCAACAGCAAACAGCUCACAAUGGUGGAAAAGAGAAUGCUAAUGAAAUUUUUGACAUUUUGUUUGGACUAUGAACAACACCCUGAUGAAUACCAAGACUAUGAGAACAGCUCAUUUGCUCAGUUCUUAAGCACACGGAAGUUAACACCCAGCUUGCAGCACUUCGUUCUUCACUCCAUUGCCAUGGUUUCAGAGACUGAUUGCAGCACUCUUGAUGGUCUUCAGGCAACAAAAAAAUUUCUUCAGUGCCUUGGCCGCUAUGGCAAUACACCAUUUUUGUUUCCUAUGUAUGGUCAAGGAGAGAUCCCACAGUGCUUCUGCAGACUGUGUGCUGUCUUUGGAGGUAUCUAUUGUCUUCGCCAUUCCGUGCAGUGCCUUGUAGUGGACAAAGAAUCUGGACGAUGCAAAGCUAUUGUGGAUCACUUUGGACAAAGAAUAAGUGCUAACUAUUUCAUUGUGGAAGAUAGUUACCUUUCAGAGAGCACAUGCACCAAUGUGUGUUACAGGCAGAUCUCCAGAGCAGUGCUCAUUACAGAUCAGUCUGUGCUAAACACAGAUUCAGAGCAGCAGAUUUCCAUUUUGUCAGUACCUCCUGUGGAUCCAGGAAAACCAGCAGUUUGCGUCAUUGAGUUGUGUUCCUCCUCCAUGACGUGCACGAAGGACACUUAUUUAGUCCAUUUAACCUGUCCAUCAACUAAAACUGCUAGGGAAGAUUUAGAGCCUGUUGUACAGAAGUUAUUCCAUCUAAAUACAGAAAAAGAGAAUGAAAAUGAAGAACCAGGAAAACCUAGAGUCCUCUGGGCAGUCUACUUCAACAUGAGAGAUUCAUCAGGAGUUGAGAAAGAUGCAUACAGUGGCUUGCCUCCAAACGUUUAUGUCUGUUCUGGACCUGACUCUGCUUUAGGAAAUGAUUGUGCUGUCAAACAGGCUGAGACUAUUUUCCGAGAAAUGUUCCCUGCAGAGGACUUCUGCCCACCACCACCAAACCCAGAAGAUAUUAUUUAUGAAGAAAAUGAAAUUGCUCCAGAAGAGUCUGAAGUCAGUAUUUCACCAGAGACAGAACCUAAAUCCUCAACUGAGGAAAGCAGUAGUGGAGGUAGUAUUGCUGUUAAAAAGGAAGAUGAUGCAAAGUGA